AACACAUUAACACAAAUCUUAUGCAAUCAAAUUUUAUUAUUUUCACUGCAUUUUCCAAAUUUUCUCCCAAAUCUGAAAAACCCUAUAAAUAAAUUUCCCCGAAAUUAGACGAUUGUGAAUUUCCUCCUACGAAUCUCCGAUCUCAAAUUCGUAGUUACAACAGCCGGUUAAUGCGAUGGUCGUCUGUAAAUGCCGCAAGGCCACUAAACUAUAUUGUUUCGUGCACAAGGUCCCCAUUUGCGGGGAAUGCAUAUGCUUUCCAGAGCACCAGUUAUGUGUGAUACGUACAUACUCGGAAUGGGUGAUUGAUGGAGAGUAUGAUUGGCCACCUAAAUGCUGCCAUUGUCAAGCUGUGCUUGAUGGGACGGACCCUCAAACGACUCGACUGGGUUGCUUGCACGUUAUACAUACGAGUUGCCUGGUUUCACAUAUAAAAAGUUUUCCCCCACAUACUGCUCCUGCUGGAUAUGUAUGUCCAGAGUGUUCAACUUCGAUAUGGCCUCCUAUAAGUAUUAAGGAUUCAGGGUCACGUCUUCAUUCGAAACUGAAAGAAGCAAUUAUGCAGACUGGUUUAGAGAAGAGCUUGUUUGGAAACCAUCCGGUUUCAUUCCCUGGGCCAGAUUCCCGAAGUCCUCCACCUGCAUUUGCCUCUGACCCUCUUAUGCAUGCUGAUGCUGGUGGCAUGUCAUCAUCUGUUGGAAUAGAUAUGGCUUCCAUCACAACCUCUGCUAAACCUUCAAGUUUGGAUAUUAUUGAAAUAAAUGGACCUGACUCAGCAACAUCAUCCCUGCCCAAUCAUGAACUGAAUUUAUCAAAAAACUCAAGCCCUUCUGUUCCUGGUGCAAUGACACGUAAGAGUGCACUCCAAUUUGAAAGGCAAAGCUCUGAAGUUUCAUAUUAUGCUGAUGAUGAAGAUGGGAACCAGAAAAAAUACUCACGAAGAGGUACAUUUCGCCACAAGUUACUCAGGUCAUUGCUGCCUUUCUGGUCAAGUGCAUUGCCGACUCUACCAGUAACUGCACCGCCACGGAAAGAUGCAUCAAAUGCAGAUGAUAUGCCAGAAGGGCGUCCGAGGCACCAUAGAUCUUCAAGGAUGGAUCCAAGGAAACUCCUCCUAAUUAUAGCUAUAAUGGCCUGCAUGGCAACAAUGGGUAUAUUGUAUUACCGACUAGCUCAACGAGGACUGUCUGAUGAGUUGCCUGAUGAUGAGAAGCAGUGAUCAACCUCGAAAGGUAUAGCAAUGGUUUCAGAGAUAGCACUGUAAUGUUUGAUAUUAAGAUAUCUUGUGUGGAGAAAAAUAGCGUUUUUAUGCGGAACACUUGAAGUCUUGAUAAAGCCAUUUUUGGUUGUAGAAAAUCUUCAAUUCUCUUGUGACAGCAAUAUGUUUUGUCCUUUCUUGUCCGUUAGAUUCUGCCUCUUGUUUUUCUUCUGUGUUUUUGGCUUGCUUUCGUUUGAUUGUGAACUGGAAUAUCAAUUUUUAAAGGGAAUUCCCUUUCCGGCUA